UCGGGGCUAUGGCGGCGACUAUCACUCGUCGCACGCGAUCCGCUAAGGCUAGGAUCAAUUAGAACCACGGGUCUACAGCUCCCAUUGCGUGUGGAGCUUUUUUUCCUUUCUACCUUUCGUGACUUUGCUGAGACCAUGGCGCGCGGUACUGCUGGUUUGGUAAAAUGCUUAACAGGCCUGUUGGCACUGAAGACUGCGCUGGGCAAUCCGGUCAAGACUGAGGAGCCAUGUCCGCCACCUGCAUUGGGAGAUGGACAAUUGGGUGCCGUGGCUUCAGAGAGUGGCAUAUGUAGUCACAUUGGUAUCGACUUGCUAAAACUGGGUGGAAAUGCUGCGGAUGCAAUGGUCGGUACCGUCGCCUGUGUGGGCGUCGUUGGCAUGUAUCACUCUGGUCUGGGAGGCGGAGGCUUCAUGUUAGUUCGAGCACCAAACGGAACAUACGAGUUCAUCGACUUUCGCGAAACAGCACCGGCCGCUGCGUUCGAGGACAUGUACAAAAACAACGAAGAUGCGAGUAUCAACGGCGGCCUUGCGUCCGGCGUACCUGGUGAACUCCGCGGUCUCCAGCAUUUGCAUGAAAAGUACGGCGUCCUACCCUGGGCUACAGUCCUCAAACCCGCUGUCAAGGUUGCCAGGUAUGGUUGGGUCGUGAACGAGGAUCUGGUCAGGUACAUGAACUCUGCCAUCGCCACGGCAGGUCAGAACGCAACAUCAAACUUCUUUACCAACGACCUGGAAUUCGCAAUCGACUUUGCACCCAAAGGCCGACUUCUCAAGCUCAACGAAACCAUUACACGAAAGCGCUACGCUGAUACACUCGAAAAUGUUGCCGAAAAUGGUCCGGAUGCCUUCUACUCUGGUCCGAUAGCAAAAGCCACGAUUCGUGCGCUGCAAGCCAAAAACGGAACCAUGACACUGCAAGAUUUAGCGAACUAUACGGUCGCUAUUCGCAAGCCGUCAACUAUUACAUACCGCGACUACAAGCUCACAGCCUGUAGUGCCCCCAGCGGCGGCGAAGUCGCACUUGCAACCCUCAAGUUCAUGGAAGGCUAUUCCAACGUAGGAGAUCCGGAGAACCUAAAUGCAACCACGCACCGUCUAGACGAGAGCAUGCGUUUCGCUUACGGCAUGCGCGCCAAUUUGGGUGACCCCCUCUUCCUCAAAGGCAUCGACGAGUAUCAGGAGCAAAUGAUUUCCGAAGCGACCGCGAAAGAAGUACGAUCGAAAAUCAGCGAUACCAAGACCUUCAACGUAGCAUACUACGACCCACAAGGCCUCGAAUCGCUCGAAACCCCAGGAACAAGCCACAUUGUCACCGCCGACCAUACAGGCUUAGCCGUCACACUGACAACCACGGUAAACUUGCUCUUCGGCAGUAAGCUCGUCGUUCCCGAAACAGGUGUCAUCAUGAACAACGAAAUGAACGACUUCUCCAUCCCCAACACGACAAACGCGUUCGGCUACAUCCCCAGCGCUGCCAACUUCAUUCGGCCCGGAAAACGACCGUUGUCAAGCAUUAGCCCUGUGAUAGUCGAACAUCUUAACGCCACAUUAGCCAAUGCUUUCUACGUCGCCAUAGGCGCAGCAGGCGGCUCCCGCAUCAUAACUGCCACCAUUCAAAACCUCAUACACAUCCUAGAUGGGAAACUGACCACUGUGGAGGCUUUAGCGGAGCCGAGGAUACAUGAUCAACUUGUACCGGCGCAGGUCAGCUUCGAAUACGCGUUUGACAAUUCCACCACGGCCUAUCUCAAGGGGUUGGGCGCCAAUGUAACGUGGACUGCACCGGGGGGUAGCACCGCCCAGGGCUUACGCCGAUUGACGAACGGGACUUUUGAAGCGGCUGGUGAGCCGAGGCAGAAGAACAGCGGGGGAUUCGUCGUGUAGUCGGAGCGAGUAUAUAUGGAGGAGAACGAAUCUAAUGAUAACUACAAGUACUGUGCAUGUUAUGUAAUGCAUGCCUCAAAACCUUGCACAUCCUAAAGACUUAUUAUCAUCGUCUGUGCUCCUUUGUGCUCUUCUCUGACUGCGGAACUUGUGUGUUGAGCCUUGUGAAGUUUGCGGGCUGGCAGCUACAAAGAGGGCAUUGAAUUUGAACUGGUAUAUCAUUGGAGCUUUUCUACAUGUUACGCUACAAAAUCGUUGGUUAGGCGAGUUCCCUGCUUCAAGUAAAGCAGGCAAAAACGCCUUCAUCGAGUAUCAAGCAGUACCUCCCAGACCUUAAUCAGAAAGAAAGGACCGCUAAACAUGGCAGAAGCGUACAUUAUGACAGAGGAGAAAGGGGAUGGGGGCUGUUUUACCUAUCGCAAAGGGGUGGCG